AUGUCAGGACAAACUUACUUUAUUACCGGUGCCAAUCGUGGUAUUGGUUUCGAACUUACUAAAUACUUAGUUGCUUUAAAUCCAGAUAAUAAGAUCAUUGCUACCGUUCGUGAUAUUUCAAAAGCAACUGCUUUGAAAGCUUUAAGUAAGAACAUUGUUCUUUUCCCUCUUGACUUAGGAAGUCAAAAAUCAAUUGAUGCUAUUCCUUCUGAAUUAGAAAAGAUUGGUGUUGAUACUAUUGAUGUCUUUGUUUCAAAUGCUGCUAUUGCUGACUCCUAUAUUACUGUUCUUGAAUGUCCAAAAGAUAAAUGGUUAGAACAUUAUAAGAUUAAUGUCUUAGCACAAAUCUUGAUUUUCCAAAAGGUUUAUAAGGCAGUUGCUAAAUCAACAACUAAGAAAGCUGUAUUCAUUUCUUCAGGAGCAGGUACUCUUACUGCUUAUAUUCCAACACCUAUGAGUGCUUAUGGACAAUCAAAAGCAGCUCUUAACUUCUCUGUUAUUGAAUUGAGUACUGAAUUAAAAUCAGAAGGUUUCACUGUUGUUUCUAUUGCUCCAGGUAUUGUAUCAACUGAUAUGGGAUCUCAUGGUUUUGGAAUUAUCAAGGUUAACUCUCCACAUUUAGUUGAAUCUCUUUCUACUUUGAGUUUAACCCCUGAACAAAGUGGUACUGCAGUUGGUGAAAUUAUUGAAAGUUUAACUGAAGAAGAUAAUGGUAAAUUCAUUAACUUUGAUAAGAAUGAAAAUCCUUAUUAA